AACUUCCUGCAAAAUAGUGCUCCUUAUCAACAGACAAAGCUUUACACUUUGGAUUCAAAUGGAGGUGCUUAAAUGUUAGCGUUGUGACUUCCCACCUUCAAUGCAGGGUCCGCACAGACUCCCCAGGUCCAGAGAGUAGACUUUGACGGCGCGCUGUCUUGUCGGGUCGCUCUGCCGCAGCGAUGGAUGACUCGCAGGAGCUGCCGGUGAAGAAAGCCAAACUUGAUGUAGACCAUGGAUUGGAAAAAGAACAAAGCAUCUGAAUGUGCUUGUAGUAAUCUCAGAGAGGAUGGAAGCCCGAGUGCUGUGCUCGCUCCAUCAGAGCAGGGAAGCUCUUACUCUUCCCUGUCCGUCUCCCAACUUGGCACACGGGAUGGGGAAUCUGAAGGAGAGAUAGGAGGAGCGCCCCAGUUGAACUCGUAUGCACACUCUGCCACAGACACAACAGCCGGGUCUGAAUACACCCAGCAGGUCUACGAAGGAAGCAACCCCGUGGUGACAUCAUACCCCAGCCCAGUGGCCUUUCCCCCUCUGGCUCAGUCUGCUGUAUACUCAGCUUUUCCCCAGACAGGCCAAACGUAUGGCCUCCCACCCUUUGGUGCUAUGUGGCCAGGCAUAAAAACAGAGACAGGUCUGCCAGAGGCGCCCUCUGGUGGCCAGCCUGGGUUUCUCAGCUUCAGUACCACAUAUACCUCAAGCCAGCCAAGCCAGCUGCACUACUCAUACCCCAGCCAAGGCUCAAGUUUCACAACAUCCAGUGUGUACUCCAACAUCCCAUCAGCUGCAGCUGCUACCACAGCAUCCACAACGGUGGCUCUCCAAGAAUUUAGCGGCUACAACUCUUUGGGACAGAGCCAGUUUUCGCACUAUUACAGCCUGCCUUCCAGUUACGUGCCCGCGGGCCUGCCCAGCAGUGAUGACCAUGGAACCACCGUGGGAGGGGCUGUGUACUCAGCUGUUAAGUCAGAAGAGGCCGCCGCAGCAGGACUGCCUCCCAGAGAUGCGUCCCCAUCAGAGAACCUCCCGGCGGGGGCGGCUCUGCCCACCAGCGUGGCUCAUCCUGGUGGAGCCAGAGACCAAGAUGAGGUUGGACGACGGAACUCCAUGGGAAAAGCUAAAGGAAAGGCCAAAAAGUGUGACAACUCCCUGCCUACUGAAACCGACCUUGAGCGCAUCUUUCUGUGGGAUCUGGAUGAGACCAUUAUUAUAUUCCACUCAUUGCUCACAGGCUCCUUUGCACAAAAGUUUGGCAAGGACCCGGCGACCAUGCUGAACUUGGGCUUGCAGAUGGAGGAGUUUAUCUUUGAGUUGGCUGACAACCACCUGUUCUUCAAUGACUUGGAGGAAUGCGACCAAGUCCAUGUUGAGGAUGUAGCCUCCGACGACAACGGGCAGGACCUAAGUAAUUACAAUUUCUUGGCGGAUGGAUUUAACGCCCCCAGUGGUGGAGGGGCAACAGGAGCCACUACUGGCGUGCAGGGAGGUGUGGAGUGGAUGCGCAAACUGGCCUUUCGCUACCGUCGCCUAAAAGAGAUUUACAACACCUACAAAGGAAAUGUGGGAGGCCUGUUGAGUCCUGUGAAGAGGGAGCUGCUGUUGCGGCUUCAGUCUGAUAUCGAGAACGUGACCGACUCCUGGCUCAGCACAGCGCUCAAGUCUCUACUGCUUAUCCAGUCCAGAGGGAAGUGUGUCAAUAUCUUGGUCACCACCACUCAACUAGUACCAGCGCUGGCUAAAGUGCUGCUCUACGGCCUGGGAGAUGUCUUCCCCAUAGAGAACAUCUACAGCGCCACAAAAAUAGGUAAAGAAAGUUGCUUCGAGAGGAUCGUCUCUCGCUUCGGGAAGAAAGUGACUUACGUCGUCAUAGGAGACGGACGCGAUGAAGAGUUUGCAGCGAAACAGCACAACAUGCCCUUCUGGCGGAUCUCCGCUCACGGCGACCUGGUGUCCCUGCACCAAGCCCUGGAACUGGACUUCUUGUAAACAAGCAGGCGGCGGCACAUUAAAUGGGAAAAGUAGAGAUGCCAUUUAUUGUUUCUGGACGGACACUGAUCAAGAAUCCGCCUCCAACGCUGCUCACAUGCAAAUUUACAGACGCCUGUGGACUGGCUGAAAGACGGUAAAAAAUACUGAGGUGGAGCCGACUGCUAAGAACAGACUGGGCGUCCAGUCGGCUGCUUUCAGUGUCCUCAUACCCAGCACUCCCUAUUCUUUGGCAGCUACUCUCGCCACAGCUCAAAUUUGUACUCAUUCGGGCGCAGAAGGGAAGACAUCAUUGUUUUUGAGCCUCUUUAAUUCUUUUAAGUUGAAGCAUCUCCCUCCUGAUUUCAAAUAAUCAAAGGCUUUCACUUUAUGUUCGUAGGUUGUAGUUUGCAUUCAAAAUGUACAAGCCAGCUUUUGUUUUCUGAGCUCAUUUGCACUGCAAAGCACUAGGUUUGUCUCAAUGAAACUCCUCAACUCACUUCAACAUAGUUCCUUGACAUAUAGAUGCUACAAGAUGGUGUCAAAGCACUAUUUCUAUGUCUAAAUGAAACUCGGCUCACUUCAGCAUGGUUUAUUGACCCCAUGAUGCCAAAAGAUGGCACCAAAGUAAUACUUUUAUUGCUGCGAUGAGGUGACUUUUCCAACGGAUAACUGAGGAUAGUUUUGCCUCCAAAAAUUAGAAAAUGUCAAACCGCGAAUGUGGGAAGGUUCACUGUAGUUGAUCGUCUGUUCCCUUAUUAGUUUGCCUGCCAUGGAGCCACUGCAUCGUUCGAAAUGCGGAACGAUAUGGAGGAACUCUAAUGGGGAGAGGAAAUAUCGUAAUACGAUCGUAGCCAACAAUCCCGCCACCCCGACAUAAACUCACACAACUCUCAGUGAGAUUAAAGUCAAAGUAGUAUUAGUAACAUAAAGAGGUUUUGGCCCUGUGGAGAUGAUUUAUCUUGAGAUUUCUGAUGAGCUGAAAUGUGUUCCCUUUAUUUUUUGAGCGAGUGGGGGGGGAUAAAAACAUUUUUUUUUUUUUUUCCCUACAAUAACAACCAUCAUCAAAUACUCAUCUGUUGGCCCUUUGGCUUCCUCAUAGCACAAGCCCAAGUGUCCUUCCAGAGUGUUAAGAUAGGUAACAUGGUAUUAAAUAUGAUUUGUUGGCCUUUUUUUUGUUUUGUUUAAAUAAGCAGAGAAGAAUGUGACCCUUGUAAAUAAUUAUCUAAGUCACAUUUUCUAUUUUCUUUGUUUGUUUGUUUCUUUUGCUAAGCCCACAGCCAGACUCCACUCCCGUAAACACUGAGUAGAUGUUAUUUUCUUUUUCACCUCUUUUCAGAAUUGACAGGAGGACAUUUUAUCCUCAUGUCACGAUGUAGCAGAUUCAGUGCAGUUUGGCAAAUCAGCUCGUAAACGACUGGGCUAGUUACAUACAUCCUCGGAAAGUGCUUCGUUGAUGCAAUUUAAAGUCAAACCAAAUGUUAACCAAAAAAGAAUUUACUGCGAACGCAUCUAUGUACUAAUUGAGUCGGUCAACAACUUUGAUUUAGGUUUGCAAGCCAAAUGCUUUGAUAUGAAUUGUUUACAUCACAGUUAAGUGAAUGGAUUUGGACUUUUGGUAAAUAUAGGAGAACACGGCAUGACAAGCUUACGUUGUUAUGCAGACGAAAACGGUACUAAUGAGAUGGCAACUGUGCAAUACAUCUUUUGAUUGCUCAUUAAAUAUAGUUUGGAGGCUAGGUCAACCUCAUGUCCACAUGACAUGGAUGACUGAACAGUUCUGAGCCUGAAGGUUUCUUCUUUACUCACUCGCAGCUUUUGGACCGUUAAGAAUGUGUAUUUGUGUGUAUUUGGUUGUGUGUGUGUUUUUUUUUAAAUUGUUUUUGCAUAUUUAUAUUGUGCCUUUAACCAUCUGUAUGCAUAAUCUCAAAGGGAAAGGUGUAAGAGUUUGUUUAGUCCUCGUAACAUUGUAUUAUGUUAUCUUAAGUGUUAUAUCUCUCCUUUUUAAUGCUGUUUUCUUUCGAAUUCAGAUCUUUUUUGGAAGUUCUUUCAAAUUGUCAUUUUUCUCUUUGUUUAGAAGUCAGCAACCAAUUUGUUUUAAAUGUACUCGAAUAAUAGUUCAUGAACUCCGUGUGCUCUGUAUUACUGUUGAAUAGAUUCAACUGCGUUAAUUAGUUGCUGUGACAUCAUACUGGCUUGGAGACAAUCAAUAAGUAAUACUGUACGUGGUAUUACUGGCUCGGAUUACUAAAAGUGAUAACAAAAACAGUUCAACAAAGCAUUUGUGUAUUUUUUUUUGUUCACUUUGUGCACAAUAUACAGAAUGGCCCUACCGUUACUGACACAUGAAAUUAUUUUGUUCCGUGAGUACCCUGCAUGCCAGGUCUGUUUUAAAGUAAACAAUGGGGAUGCAAUGUUGAAAGUACAAUCGUCUCAGACACUUUUUCAACCUAAAAUUAGAUUUUAUUUUUUUCAUCGCAUGGUCAGGACUCGUGAGGGUCUUUUUCGACCACUGUAGCCGUUCGGGACCUCAACGCUCAAUCUCUGUAAGGGUUUCCUGUUUAUCUGAUAAAGUCAGUACAUUGGAAAUACACUGACCGACCGGUGUCUUUGCAUACUUUGACAGA